ACUGCCCUCAUGGGACCAUGUAAAUGGUCCCGAUGCUCCACUGGCUUCACCAAAGCCGGUGGGAAGCCGCUGCCUCUAGCCAUGCGGAAACAGCCACUUUUUUCUAUUCUGGUUUGUGUGCUUAGAAAAAGCAAAUGGCAGAGGAAAAUUCUGUUUUUCAAACAGUUUGCUCUGACCUGGUUGUUUUUCUUUUUUUCAGAGAAUGUUUCACACAAACAACUUGUCACGCAACAACAUGAUAAACUAUUUGCAGGGGACGGGGGACCAAUUGAAUCUCCCUAGUUUCCCAAGUACAAACAGUCUUACUGCUGGAUACAGAAAAUCUGCACGAGCUCAUAAACGGUUUAUGCUUUAUGAAAAGCUUUGGGGGAUGCUUUGUGGGUACUGCAGAAAAGGAAUGUUUGAAUUAUCUUUUGAUAUAAAUUGCAUCAUGUCAAGUGCAAAUGAAAGGUCGUGUUAUUACACAAUGCAUUAUUCAGGGCUUUGGAAGAAGUCCUGACCACUGCUUGAAAAAAUUAUUUGAGGGGUGGGAAGACUAAUUUUCAGAGAAAGAGAAUAGAUGGCUGUAAGUCAUAAUUAAAAAAAGAAAUAGUUAAUGGCAGGGUAAGUAAAUUUAGGGCAAACUCUGUGUGGUAGCAUCAUCAGCAAAUAAGUGUAGCAUAGUGCAAACAAACUACAUAAAGUGUUUGAGGAUAUGCAGCAAAGCACAGAGCAAUUUCACAGUUGCUUGUGGUGUCUGGUAGAAAAGUUCUUGUCCAUCUGCCCCUUCCAUGAUGCAAAAUUAAAAGAGAAAAUUGCAUUGUCAAGCGUGCACUAAUUCUUUGUUUCUUUUCUAGCACAAAUUGAAGUGAUACCAUGCAAAAUUUGUGGUGACAAGUCCUCUGGAAUACACUAUGGAGUCAUCACAUGUGAAGGCUGCAAGCUGUAAAAUUUGGAAGAAUGUCCAAAAAGCAGAGGGACAGUCUAUAUGCUGAGGUACAGAAGCAUCAACAGCGACUGCAGGAGCAACGGCAGCAGCAGAGCGGCGAAGCUGAAGCCCUCGCCCGUGUCUACAGUAACAGCAUCAGCAAUGGCCUGAGCAACCUGAACAAUGAAACUGGUGGCACUUAUUCCAAUGGGCAUGUCAUUGAUCUGCCCAAGUCUGAGGGUUAUUACAAUGUGGAUUCUGCACAGCCCUCCCCAGAUCAAUCUGGCUUAGACAUGACUGGAAUCAAGCAGAUCAAACAGGAACCUAUCUAUGACCUCACUUCUGUACCAAACUUGUUUACCUAUAGCUCUUGCAACAAUGGGCAAUUAGCUCCAGGGAUAACUAUGGCAGAAAUAGAUCGAAUUGCACAGAAUAUCAUCAAGUCCCAUCUGGAGACAUGUCAAUAUACAAUAGAGGAAUUACAUCAGCUAGCCUGGCAAACUCACACAUAUGAAGAAAUCAAAGUAUACCAGAGCAAGUCAAGAGAAGCUUUGUGGCAGCAGUGUGCAAUCCAGAUCACUCAUGCUAUUCAGUAUGUGGUGGAAUUUGCAAAGCGAAUAACGGGCUUUAUGGAACUCUGUCAAAAUGAUCAAAUUUUACUUCUCAAAUCAGGCUGUCUGGAAGUGGUUUUAGUGAGAAUGUGCCGUGCCUUCAAUCCACUCAACAACACUGUUCUGUUUGAAGGAAAAUAUGGAGGAAUGCAAAUGUUCAAGGCUUUGGGUUCUGAUGACCUGGUGAAUGAAGCAUUUGACUUUGCAAAGAAUUUAUGUUCUUUACAGCUGACUGAGGAGGAAAUUGCCUUGUUUUCAUCUGCUGUCCUGAUAUCACCUGAUCGGGCUUGGCUAUUAGAACCAAGGAAGGUCCAGAAACUUCAGGAAAAAAUUUAUUUUGCACUUCAGCAUGUGAUCCAGAAGAAUCAUCUUGAUGAUGAGACUUUGGCAAAGUUAGUAGCCAAGAUACCAACCAUUACAGCACUUUGCAACUUGCACGGAGAAAAACUGCAGGUAUUUAAACAAUCUCAUCCUGACAUAGUGAACACACUAUUUCCUCCAUUAUACAAGGAACUUUUCAAUCCAGAUUCUACCACUGGCUGCAAGUGAAGGGGAAUAAUGUCACACUGAUCCACAGAAUGCAACCGUUAAGGUAUUUUCAUGAAGACUUGCUAAAAUAUCCCGCUACCAUAACACUUCAGGAAUGUACUGCACUUAAUGGGGUGGCUUUUCCACUUCUACAGUUUGAAGAAUGUAAAUAUGCACCUCUGAGUGGGGCCUGUUUUUUGUUUCUCUUCUUUUUGUUACUCCCCCCCCCUUUUUAAUUUUUAACUGACCAUAAAUUUGCAAAUAUAGAACACUGGGUGUUACCUUUAUUUUUUAUUUUAUUUCAUUUGGGGGUAUGUUUUGGGAGACAACUGUUUAUAGAACUUUAUUGUAGAUAUAAAUGAAAACAGAGGAGUACUUUGCAGUAUUACUCUUGCUGUUUAUUGUUCAAAUAUAAUUUAAGAAAAAUCCACUAAACUAGGCUUACCUAUUUCUAUGUUUUUAGCUAGAUAAAUGCAUGUGGCAAUUUGUAGCUGUCUUGGAAAUAAGUGUGUGUGUAUGUAAUAUAUAUAUGGGCAUGAUCCUCCUGCUUGGGUGUACUGCCUGUGCAUGGAGGUUUCUCCAGGAGAUUUAAAAGACUCCUGUUCUACCUUAUCAUAAAUGUUUGCAUAGAGCAUGCAAGGAUAUGCAGAACAGAAGGUCAGUGUGCCUGUCCUGUCCCCAAUCAUUGCACCCCCUUCUGCUUGGUCACCUUCUAAACUUUGGAGAAUGCCCAUUUCUUUUAACUGUCUGUUGAGCGGUUUGUAUGUGCACCAAGAUGGAGGUAAAGGGAAAAAAACCCAGGCCUCAGUUGAGCCAUAUGGGAAUCCUUGCAUGCACAGGCAAAGAUCAUGCUCUAUGUGUAUAUGGAAUGGAUAAUAUAUACCAGGGAUGGCCAACUUCUGUAUUCUCAGGGGCUGCUCUAUCUUUCAGACAGUGAUUAGGAGCAAUAAUUGUAUUUUGCAACACAACUCAAUCCCCUACACUAGAGGUUAAGGUCUAGUAAAAUCUGUCAGAUAAGACAUUCUAAACAAACCCAAAGAGGGGUGCAUUAUUGAAAUAUGGAAUUUCUCUCCCCCAUACAUAUAGAAUUGACUUUGGGAAAAAAAGAACAUAUAAAAUUAAAAAAUUAUAGGCGUAAUAUUUACUAAUGCACUUUGAUUAAAAAGUAGUAGCAUCAGAAUCUAGAUAGAAAUUGCUUUAUGGGUCACCAGUUAGCCAUGCCUGCUAUAUACCAAUACAGUAUAUAUAUGGAAUACGCACACACUUGCUGUAGCUUAAAAAUAAGGCCUAUUUUCUAAAGAUGCUCUCCUGCAUUUUUUAACUCUCAGUGUAAUGUAUUAGACUUACGUUGAGCAAUUAGGAUUUGCUCUGCCAUCUGUAUAUUAUGAUAAGAUGGUACCCUUUCUGAUCAAUUUGUAUAUAAUGUGUAUGCAGUAUGCAGCCAGUGAAUAAAAAGUCAGGUUAGUAUUAUUGGUGCCAAAGCCUUGUCUGGAUAAUUCAAAUGGACAGAGAGAAACUUAUUGGGAGAUUUUUUUUCUCAGUGAUAGGAAUUAAGCAUAUAUUAAUAUUAUAAAGAGCUCGAAAUUGCCAAUAAAUUAUUUCUAAGGCUUUGAGUAAAGUAUAGGCAAUCCCAAAUGGUACAUUUUUGCAUUUUAGAUCAAAGAGGAAGUUUAAUUAUUUUAAAAUAUUAGCAGCUACGCAAAAUAAAAAUAGUUAUAGGGUUCAAUAUUGUUCUGAUUGUCUCCGGGGGAGUAUAGGAGAGAGCUCACCAAUAUAACUGAAGAUUUUUUAGAAAGUUACAAAAAAAACCUCAUCACUCAUUAGCUAAGCAUCACACUGUAAGUGAUGUGAUGGGAGUGAAGGCUUUCCAUAAAGCAUGCCAUUAUCUGAUGCAGUUGUAAUAUUCCACUGUCAGGAUAGACAGCUGUUUUCACCGGUUCAUUUCAUAUCCAGGGCUCUGAUAGCAGCUUAGCAAUCUCUUAACCAAACUGGGAUUGUAGCUUAGUCUAAAAAAGUGUUUAUUAUUAAUAGAUGAGAUCAGUACUCAGCUGAUCCUCAAUCCAUAAAAGGGAGGUUAAUUGUUCCACAUAGCAUUUUUUCUAUUAGGUACUGGGAGAAUUUGUAUUAAAAGUAUUUCACCCUUGUGGUUGGGGAUGUGGAAAAUAUUCUGAGGGCACAGAUAGUGGAAAUCUUUUCUGAUUUUAUACUGUGUCCAACCAAGCAUAGUAUCUAUUUUUGUCAGUGCUGAGUUCCCCCUAUCAAGGCUAUGUUAUCAGAGUAAGACUUUGUGAGUGUGCAGCUAUUCAACAGCUGUCCAGGAGCUAUACAAGGUGCUUGCAAAGUCAUUAGUACUCCAUAUAUAGUUUUUCAUGCCUCGGCAGAGGAUCUUCUGACCUCCAGAGCUGCCCUGGUCCUUGUGAGAGACUUCUGGCAAAUUCUUAAAUGUGAACUAUGGAAAGUCUCCAGCUCUCCUUCUCCUUUCCUUUGCUUUUUCCUUCCUUCUAUUCCUACCGCUACAUCUACUUCUUUUGUGUGACACAAGACCAUUCUUUGUAGCAUCUUAACUGUAAUGUCAUUUUCUUUGGCAAUUUCAACAGUUAAGACAGUUCUUCUACAUACUAUAAUCAUUUCUCUUCAUUACAGUUUUCAGUUUUGAAAAUGUGUGAUUGCCAUACCCUUGCAGCGUAGAGUUCACAAAUCAAGCUGGUAAUCUUUGAAGCCACCAUUGCCCCAUUUUUCAAAACAGGGACACAUUACUUGACACAGACAAAUUAUCUUGAAAUAUCCUUCAGUAUUAAAUUAAUUUGCUGCGCUACUGAGAGUGCUACCUAGGGAAUCUAACAUAAUUGAUAAAUUUUUGUUGCAGAUGAGAUAAUGGAAAAGGAGAACUGUUCAGGGUCCAACCUUCACUGGGACCAAUGGACUUGCUCUUAAUUUAUUCUUAUCUAUUAACCUAUGAAGCUGCAGUCUUUAGAGUUCAGGGGAAUUAUUUUGAAGUAUACAGUGCAAGAUGUAUGGCAGUGAUAUGCUGAAUCUGUGAUAAAAGUAUGAUCAGGUCUGUUCCUGCCACUGCAAGUGAUUUUCCUCUAUACAGUUUCUGCAUACAAUUAUCACCUUUUGUUUUUGUUGCAGGCCUCCUGACACAGUACAAUCCUAAGCAAGGUUACACCCUUCUCAAUCCAUUGAACUGGCUGCAAGUGAAGGGGAAUAAUGUCUCAUAGUCCAUUAGGCUUAGAGGUGUGUAACUCGCUUAGUGUUAAAGGUACAAGAUACACAUUUAGAGAUAGGGAGGGAUUAUGUUAUAAAAUCCACUUUUUUCCUUCAGUGUGAAACUUUUUGAUUUUUUUAAAAUAUGAGCCAUAGGUCCACUGCAAUUGAUAGAAAACCAUCCAUUGAAUAGUCUUGGGCGGGCUCCUGUUUCUUUUUCCGCCUGCUUUUCCUCUUCAGACAGCCAUAUACAGAGAGACAAAUCAACAGAAGCAGUUGCUGGAAAUGAUAUCCCUUCUUUCUUUACUUGAUUUGUCUCUCCUCCUCUGGAACCAACACAGCAAUAACACUUUAUAUUGUAUUGCGAUAAUGUAAAAGCACUGAGCCACUUUAUUCUCAGUGUCUGAGCAGACAGAUGUAGACUGCUUGUUACACUUCUACAGGGACUUAAUUUUGUAUAAAUGUCACUCCUGCUGGCUCUCUGUAUAAAGAAUUAAUUCCAAGAGUCAUAUUUCCUUCUAAUGGAAAGAUUACUUCACUGAUUGCUAGGAAAACAGGGUAAUAGAAGACACUCAAUUAAACCAAGCUGUUUCCAAAUGCAAUAUAUAUUUGAUGAUUGGUUUAUGUUAGGGACCUUGCAGGAUUUGAAGCUGGGAGGUCCGGAGCUCUUUCAACUCUUCUAAUAUAAUUUUCCUUAUUUCCCUCUCCCCACCCUACCCCUUGCUCUGUCAUCUCAAUUCUACAUUGAAGGAAGAUGGAGAUUUCCUAGUAGCAGCAUUUGAGUUGAAUCUAUUUUCUCCUAAGUUGUACAAACAACUUAUCCAUGUGCAAAAAACUAUAACUCUUUUUAACUUUAACUCCAUUCAUAUUAUAAAGGUGGUAAAACAGAGGGUGAUCAAGACCAUGUCAGUAUUCCAACUUCUUUUUUAAUUUUUGAAUUAGCAUGUACAAUGAAGCGCACAUCACUAAGGAUAGAGAAUGUCAGUAGUCCUGUUCACAAUCCCAAUAGUCAUGGAAACUUUUUUUAAAAUUUAAACUAAUUUUUUAAUUUUUAAUUCCAUUCUUGUGGGCAAUGGGUCUGUGAGACAGAGGCAGAAUUGUACUGAUUCUUUUGAAUGAUCAAAUCAGUUCUAUCCAUUGAAAUUAAUGGAGUUAACUGCAAGGCCAAGAGCCACAUGCCCAUUUGAUCAAAUCUGAAAUUUCAGAAUAGUGUGUAAAUAUAGUCUCCAAUAUAUUAAUGUGGGUCCAAGGCUUAAAUCCCUGUGGAGUUGAACUUUGAAAGACAGCUCAUUUUCCCCGACCCUAGAAAGUUGUGUGUAUGGAUAGGUUACAUAAGAGAGAAAGAGAGUGAAUGUCCCAUUCUGCCUUCUCUCUGAAACCUAACUCACAUCUCUGAAAUGCUGUAAGAACAAUAUGGUUGAAAUUAAUGCCAUUCUUAUUCUUUCCUUUUAAAUUUUCACACUUUGUAAAUGACAAUCACUGCUUGAUGCAGAUGUUGCACUGUACGCCACUCAGGGAUAUUAUUACAUUCUUUGAAAAUAAGAUAUAUAAAAUAACAGUAAUAAUAAGGAAACAAUUAUUAUAAAUGUGUUGAAAGGCACGAAUUUUGAUGCCAAAAUGAGGAAGACCCAGACAAGGCUUUCAAGCCAGCUACUAGACAAGAUGUGGUUAGAAACUGAAUUCACUGUCAAUAUUUUCUCCACUCCUCUACACACGCAUCACCCUUUUCACUGAUUUUACAUUUGAUUGUGAGCACAAGAUCCAUAUUGUGAACUUUAUUCCUUCUGCAUCAAAUUCUGCACAGAGGAAUGUAAUUUCAAAGUAUUUUGUUAUGAUCAAACACAGAUACAUUAAUUACACUCCAAUUAUUAAACACGCUUACUAGAAAGCAUGUUUGCUGCAAGAUUUGGAAAUUAAUUCAAGUAAAUGUGUAAGGAUCAAAAUCUUGGAAACAAAAAAAUCCUAGCAUGUUGGCAGCAAUUUCUAUAGUUUUGCUGAUUUACCACAUGGAGAAAUAUAGGUGAUAGCAGUAGUGAUUAAAGAACCCUCCAGCUAUUUGCUAGACAUUUCAGGCUUUCAUGGAAAAUUCCAAUUUUAACAGUAUAAUAAUCAGAGUCAGUUCAAACAAUCAUUUCUACUCUCAAAUAUUCUA